GAGCACAAUAGUCUAAUAAUAUAUAUUUAUGUUCACAUCCCCGAAUUUUGUCGAUGCCCACCGAUUACUUAAGUGACGUCUGAAUAAGUUAUACCCACAUGGAGGAUACGAUCCUGAACGGAACUUAUAAAAUCAAGUGUUGGAAUUUUUUUUAAAUUAAAACAUUACCAAAUAAUUUAGUCACGUGUUAAUAAAGACUAAUUUUAAAGUACAUAAACCAUAACAAUAACUAUAUUACUUAAGAUAACAUUUCUUAAAUAAAGUUUAGAUAAAUUUAUAAAUAAAUAAAUACGAUAAACAUGAUUGUCAUUUAAAUGCGUACCGGUUUCACAAUUUAAAUUAUCAUUAAAUUUUAUUAUUGUUUAUUUUUCGUAUUUUAAAACUAAAAAGUUUUUUGUUUUUUAUAAUUGACAUCAUGAACAAUUUUCUGGUGAUACAAUUUAUUUAUAGACAUGCUAUUUGUCGCGGUAAAAUAAAUCAUCAACAACUAUGCAUGGCUCAGAGGUUGAUGAGUUCUAAGGAUUCCUCAUUAUCAUCAUCAUCGUCGUCAGAUUCUUCAGAUUCUGAUUCAGAUCAAAGUAAAAUUAAAAAAAUUAAAAAAGUGAAGAAAUUAGAAAUUGUGGAAAGAAGUGAAACGGAAAAGAAGGAAACUGUUGAUUUACUGAAUAGUUUAUUAACUAAUAUGACUUCUGUUAAAAUUGAAGACAAAACCAUUCGUGCUGUUCCAAAAAAGCAACCUAAACCGAAACCACCAAAAGAGCCUGAAUUAGAGGAGAAGAUUAUUAAUGCAGCUAAGGAUGUCGCAGCUGUUUUAGGAGGUGAUCCAGAGAAAACAGAAGCUGAAUUACUUAAUAAAGUAUUUUCAGCCGGUAAACCAACAGUAGCAUUGGAAAACAAAGAAGAUUCAAAACCAGUUCAACCAUCAAAGCUUACUCUUGAGGAAUUGUUUUCUAAAAUGCAAGUAGAACGCAAGCCGAAUAUCUUAAGAGAAAUGAUGCCUUUAUCGAGAUCAGAAAAGAUUCAGGAAUUGAUUAAAAAGUCAAGAUCUCCGAACAGUUUUAUAAAUCAACCACUCAGCUCAGAAAAGACGCAGGUUAACUUGUUUAGUGGAAAACGAUUAAAUAUUUUUGAUCCUGUAAAAGCACCAGAGGAUUCUCAAAAGCUGAGCACAUGGAGUUUAUUAGAGAAGAAAGAAAUAAAGACGAUGAUGAUUAAUCCACCUGAAAAUAUAUUUGAAGAAAUGAUUCAGUGGACAGAUAAAGGAUUGCUCUGGCAAUUUCCUAUCAACAAUGAAUUCGGCCUAGAAGAAGAGGAAAAGGUUCAUUUUUCGGAACACAUAUUUCUUGAACGCUAUUUACAAGGAUGGUGUCCAAAAACAGGACCUGUCCGUCAUUUCAUGGAUCUGGUCUGCAUUGGUCUCUCUAAAAAUCCGUACAUGACUGUCAACGAAAAGGAAGAGCAUAUCAUGUGGCUCAAAGAGUGGUUUGCUGAUAAACAAGAUUUAUUGAAAGAAACUGGAGCUAUUGAUAAAGAUAUUGUACCAAAUACAUCUAAACAAGUUCCAGCAUAAGACAUUUAUUAAGUAUAAUGUAAUUAAUAAUUAAAUAAUUUUUAAUAAAUGUAAAAAUAAAAAAUUAUAAAUGUAUCAAA